ACUCUCUGGAACUUAAUUUUAUUUUGACUGCAGACUAGAAUGAGACCAGAUGAACACAAAAAAAAGAAAAAUGCUGCUUACAAGAAAAAGCAUGGUGUUUCCAAAGACAAGGAUAAAGAAUUGAAAGAUGGUGUUGAUGCCAGCUCCAGCAAAGACAGGAAGACUGCAACUGGAGAAAAACAUCGUGGUGCUCAGCAGAAGGGAAAGAAAGCUAAUGGUGAUGGAGCUUUAACAACACCUUCUAACAGCUCUUUUGCUGGAUGCAGCACUGCGUUAGUUGACAGUGAUUGCAGUGAAUCGAGCUCUUCUGAUUCUGAGGUUGAAAGGAAACAUGUGCCAGCAAAGAAAAAAACAUUUCAACGCAGACAGAUUGUGAGUAACUGGCAGAAGUAUGAGCUGGGACCUGAAAUGGAUGAUGAUGUCAGCAAAGGAGGGAAAGAUUAUAAGGAGCUACUAAGUAUGGCAGGAGAAAGCAUGUCCCAUUUCAGAUUCACAGAUGAGCUUGAGUGGGAAGAGCAAGGUGCUGGCAGCACAAGUCCUCAUUCGCUAGACACCUAUAGUUCUGUCUUAUCUUUGAAUCCAGCGGAGAUUGCAGAGUCCUUGUCAUGCCUUCCAGUUCACACAAUACUGAAUCUUUCAAAGGAUCUUUUCCCUGCAGAAGAACUGGCUAAUUCUGUUCAAAGAGCCUCUGAGAAGCAGGCACAGUAUGAUCUUGAAAGAAAUCAUCAUGACAUAUCUCAACAACAACUCCAUGACAAGUUGAAACCUUCGCAACAAGUUGAUGUUUUAUCAGGCCUUGAUGAUACCACUGAACAAGUCUCCAUGAUUUCUAGUGAUACAGUGAUUAAAAGAGACUUAUUAUCUUUUAGUUUACGAAACAGUAAAAAUUCGCAGGAAGCGGACAAAGCCCAAAGAAAUGAGAUGGUUUCAUCAAAAACUGCUGAAAACACAGACUGUCCCUCUUCUUCUGAUGAUCGAAAUAACAAGGCUGUAUGUCUGACUGGACAGACUUCCGAUGGCGUGAUUGGAACUGGGUCCCACUCAGACAAAUACAUUAAACCAGAACUCGAUCUAGACUCUCUACUUGACCUUGACAUACCUGAUGUUGGCCGGCAGGAGAGCGGGAAGCUGGAUGCUGACACUGCGGUCAGCCAGCCAAAUAAGUUGGAACCUCAGAACAUAGGGGAUUCCAUUGUUGUUAAGGCUGUGCCGGACAAAGUGGCGGAAGAAUUAGAUCUGGACUCACUACUUGAGUUGGAUACUCCAAGCAUAGAGGCCUGUGCAGCACCCCAGCAGGCGACGCAUGAAGCUCAAAAGACAAGUAGCAAAGCUGAGAGUGCUCAACUUGAGGACUGGCUGGACAGUGUACUAGAUGACUGAGUGAGGAUGGAACAUGUCAUAGUUCUGUACAUCAAUAGUGUUAGGAUCUAACUGUAACUGGAAGAAAUAGGCCAGCUCUUGUUUUGGUCUAAACCAUUGCUUAGGUUGAUCUAUAGAUCCUCAAUAAAAAUCAGGAGUUGCCUUGCACUUUCAUUAGUAUAUAUAUAUAUAUAUAUACUCAUGAGCCAGGAUAGCAGUCACAUGUCUGUGGGUGGUUGGCAGGUGCUCUGGUAUGGUUUACUCCUUCUUUCCUAUCAAACAUCCAUCGUCUUUAUCUCCCCUCCUUUUUUAUGUUUGUUACUCCCUUGAAACACCUCUAAUCUUCUGGCGCUCAUAUGACCUUAUGCAUUUGCGAGUGCCGUAAAACCUCUACCUAAACUAAAACAGUCUCAUGUCUCUGUGUUAGUGGACUUGCGGUCUAGAUCUAGCCCACUUGUGACAUAUUUUGGACUGCGGGUCGUCAAUGGUGUAACUUUCCUCUUUUUCAUUAUUCCCCAUCUUACCUUAAAAAAAAA